UACUAAAAAGAAAACAUACAAAACAAACUAAAAAGAGAUGGUUGAAUUCAGGAAGCAAUUUAUGAAAACUCUUUUUUCCUUGUUUAAAAUCCUGCUUAGAAGACUAGAACUCCCACAAGAAUCAAAGACGAUCAUCAAUUCUCAUGCAAACCAUUCAACGAGGUUUUCUUCAGAUCAGACAAUAAUGGUUUUUGAUUUAGAGGCUGCAUUGUUGAAGUCAUCUUCUUUAUUUCCCUACUUCAUGCUUGUAGCCUUUGAAGCUGGAGGGUUAAUAAGAGCUCUGUUCUUGCUUAUUGCGUACCCUUUUGUUUGUUCUGUUGGAAAGGAGCUAGGGCUUAAGAUUAUGACUUUUAUAUGUUUUGUCGGGAUUAGAGAAGACAAGUUUAGAGCCGGAAGUGCUGUUCUUCCCAAGUUCUUCCUGGAAGAUGUUGGCUGCGAAGGCUUUGAUCUGGUUAUGCGGUGUGAGAGGAAGAUAGGAGUGAGCAAAUUGCCUAGGAUCAUGGUGGAAGGAUUUUUGAAAGAUUAUAUUGGAGUGGAGGGUGUUAUGGGUAGAGAGAUGAAGGUGGUUUGUGGGUAUUUUUUAGGUUUAAUGGAGGAAAAGGAGGUGGCUUUCACCAGUUUAAAUGAGAUUCUACUGGAGAAGAAGAUGGGUUCCUUUGCUGCCGUCGUUGGUUGCUCCUUCCUCAUGUCUCCCUUUGGACAACUACUUCGACACUGUAAGGAAGUAUACUUGGUGUCAGAAUCAGAGAAAAGGAACUGGCGAAUUCUACCACGAGAAAGAUACCCAAAGCCAUUGAUCUUCCAUGACAGCAGAUUGAGUUUCAGGCCAACUCCAUUUGCCACAUUCGCCAUGUUCAUGUGGCUUCCAUUCGCAUUUCUUCUCUCUAUCUUCAGAAUCACCAUUGGUGUCUUAUUGCCUUUUGAGAUUUCCAAUCCCAUCCUGGCUUUUACAGGGAGCACAUCCAUAAUCUCUGUACCCAAACACCCCUUAACCUCGGCCAAAAGCAGAGGAUCUCUCUAUGUCUGUAACCAUAAAACUCUGCUAGACCCAAUCUUCAUCUCAUCUUCUAUACUGGAGCAUGUCACUGCAGUCACCUACAGUGUGAGCAGAUUCAACGAGAUUAUUUCCCCUAUCAGAACCAUCCGAUUAGCUAGAGAUCGAGGUAGAGAUAGAAAAUUGAUGGACGAGAAGCUGAGCCAGGGUAACCUUGUGGUUUGCCCUGAAGGAACAACUUGCAGGGAACCUUAUCUACUGAGAUUUAGUCCUUUGUUUGCAGAGAUUACAGAUGAGAUUGUUCCUGUUGCUGUAAAUGUUCAGAUCAGCAUGUUCUAUGGAUCAACAGCUACUGGAAGUAAAUGCCUAGACCCAUUUUUCCACUUCAUGAACCCACGUCCAAGAUAUUUCGUCAAGGUUCUUGAGAAGUUACCAGGUUCCCAGACACAUAUGGUUGGCGGAAAAUCAAGCUUUGAAGUCGCCAAUUAUGUGCAGAAUGAGAUUGCCAAAGCUCUUGGAUUUGAGUGUACCAGUCUUACAAGGAAAGAAAAAUACAAGAUCUUGGCAGGUAAUAAUGGAAUCAUUUAGGACUAUACCAGGCAAUUGUUACCUGGAGCGUGGUACGGAGACAUGGCACGUGAUUUACCAAUUAAUUCAGGAAGAAUAUAUAGGGUAGGGUUAAUUGGUAUACUUAUUCGAUUAGGACUAAUUUAGUUGGUAUAAAUUAAAUGUAAAUUAUAUUAAUUUAAUAUAUAAUAUCAUGUUUAAAUAAUUUAAUAUAUUAAAAUGUUUCAAAAUGUAUUA